ACGGCUGAGAUUAUCAAUAAGCUCCUAGUCCAGACGCCAUGGGUCAUUUCACAGAGGAGGACAAGGCUACUAUCACAAGCCUGUGGGGCAAGGUGAAUGUGGAAGAUGCUGGAGGAGAAACCCUGGGAAGGCUCCUGGUUGUCUACCCAUGGACCCAGAGGUUCUUUGACAGCUUUGGCAACCUGUCCUCUGCCUCUGCCAUCAUGGGCAACCCCAAGGUCAAGGCACACGGCAAGAAGGUGCUGACUUCCUUGGGAGAUGCCAUAAAGAACCUGGAUGAUCUCAAGGGCACCUUUGCCCAGCUGAGUGAGCUGCACUGUGACAAGCUGCAUGUGGAUCCUGAGAACUUCAGGCUCCUGGGAAAUGUGCUGGUGACUGUUUUGGCAAUCUAUUUCGGCAAAGAAUUCACCCCUGAAGUGCAGGCUUCCUGGCAGAAGAUGGUGGCUGGAGUGGCCAGUGCCCUGUCCUCCAGAUACCACUGAGCCCCCUGCCCACAAUGCAGAGCUUUCAAGGAUAGGCUUUAUUCUGCAAGCAAUAAAAAUAAUAAAUCUAUUCUGCUAAGAGAUCA